AUGGCCGACUGCGGUGACAAAUUGGUUUGGCUAAGCGGAUAUCCUGCCCCGGACUUUGGAUAUAUGGUCCUGAUGGGCGAGUGGUGUGAUUAUGAUGAGGGUGGUGAUGCUGGCAGACUUUCACGGUUACAUAGGGUGGAUUGGGCUAGUGGUGGAAACGGACCGGCCUCUUUGGUCUCAAGACUAGCCUUAUGGUUAGCUUCGUUGCGUUGUCCCCUCGCCAUCACAACUGUUCAGGAUGCAUCAUGGAUACCUGAGGAUCGAGGACUGGUGUGGGCUCAGACUUUCGUCUAUUAUAGGAGUCUCCUGAAAUAUCACCUUGGAAUAGUCGAUCGGGCGGAUAGAUUUCCACCAGCAUAUGAUGUGGCAAAACCUCCCGCCAGAGUUGUCCGCAAGGGAUAG